CUCUAGAAAAAAUAGCCGUAUACAGAAAUACUAUUAAGAACACACGUAUUAAUCAUAAGGAUGCAGAAAGUUUAUCAACAGCAUGCAAAAUUUAUUAUACACCGCGACAGGAAUAAAAGUACACAGUAAUUUAUUAUUAUAUAAUCGACGAAUUUAGGGUUUAUUGUAAUUGUUUAUAUUUCUUAUGUUAUAUUACAAUGCAUUAUAUAUUUUUGCAUACUUUAUUAUUAUUUAUUUAUGUUAUUACAAUUGUACGUCACUGAUCAAUAAUUCGAACACUGAUAAAUUUAAAUUUUAAAAACUAUUCUUUGAUAUGUUCGUUCUUGAUAUGCUGCACGGAUCGCGGAGAACGUUAGAAAAUGAAAAAUUUUUACUUGAACUUUUUAUUUUUACAUUUAUUGCAGAUAAGAAAUUUUAUUAUUGAAAGCUUAUCGAAAAAGUUUCAUUGAUUUACUCAUAUUUAUUUUUGUGUAUUCAGCAAUUACACAACCAUUCAAAUGAUUAUUUCCUAUGGAAUAUUAGAACUGAUAUUUAAUUUAAUUAUUAUAUAUUUGCAGAUGAUUUUCAGUGCGUUUCUAAUGAAAGUUAUUCGUCAUUUGGAUAUAAUAAUUAUGUUGUGUAUGCUUAUCAGUAUACAUUAUUCUAUGUGCCAUAUGAUUUGUGGUCACAAAUGCCUGAAUAUGGGCCGACUACAGACUUUUCUCAAAGUGGAAUUCUGCCAGAAUAUCAGCAGUAUGAACCUCAAGUGGGGGAAUUUGCAUAUCGGUCACAAUCAGAAUUCAUGCCUUAUUGGCCGUCUCCUGAAAUGGCCGAAUAUGAAAGACAAGCAGAUACGACUAGUUAUUGGCAAGUUCCUGAAUAUAGUGGAUAUGGCUCUCAAUCAGAUAGAAAUGAAUAUAUGUCAGCGCCAGAAGUAACUGAAUGUGGGCCGCUGCCGUAUGAAAGUGAAUAUUGGGCAGGUCCGGAAAAUGUUGGAUAUGGAGCAUAUUCCAAUACAAAUGAAUAUAUGCCAACUGCAGAAAAUGUUCAAUGUGGAACUUAUCCGGUUAUAAAUGGAUAUUGGCAAGUUCUUGAAUAUAGUGGAUAUGGCUCUCAAUCAGAUAGAAAUGAAUAUAUGACAGCGCCAGAAGUAACUGAAUGUGGGCCACUGCCGUAUGAAAGUGAAUAUUGGGCAGGUCCAGAAAAUGAUGGAUAUGGAGCAUAUUCCAAUAUGAAUGAAUAUAUGCCAACCGCAGAAAAUGUUCAAUAUGGAGCUUAUCCGGUUAUAAAUGGAUAUUGGCAAGUUCCUGAAUAUAGUGGAUAUGGCUCUCAAUCACAUCCAUCGCCAGAAGUAACUGAAUUUCGGCCACUGCCAUAUGGAAAUGAAUAUUGGGCAGGUCCAGAAAAUGUUGGAUAUGGAGCAUAUUCCAAUAUAAAUGAAUAUAUGCCAACUGCAGAAAAUGUUCAAUACGGAGCUUUACCGGUUAUAAAUGGAUAUUGGCAAGUUCCUGUAUAUAGUGGAUAUGGCUCUCAAUCAGAUAGAAAUGAAUAUAUGUCAGCGCCAGAAGUAACUGCAUAUGGGCCACUGCCGUAUGAAACUGAAUAUUGGACAAGUCCAGAAAAUGUCAAAUAUGGGGAGAAUUCGGAUAUAAAUCAAUGUUGGCCAGAUACACAAACUAUUGGAGAUGGAGCAUAUUCCGAUAUAAGUGAAUAUAUGCCAACUGCAAAAAAUUUUCAAUAUGGAGCUUAUCCAGUUAUAAAUGAAGAUUGGACAGCUCCAGAAAAUACAGGAUAUAAAACAUAUUGCGAUAUAUAUCACCAAUGGCCAACUCCAGAAGUAUUUGAAUAUGGUCAGCAACCAGAUAUAAAUAAACACUGGACAGCUGCAGAAAUUUUUGCAGAUGAAACUCAACCAAAUAUUAAUAGAAAUAUGCCAGUUACAGAAAAUAAUACAUUUGGGCAACAACCUAUUAUAAACGAAAGUUGGCAAGCCUCAGAAAUAAUUGAUUACGGGCAGCAACAAAGUUUAACUGAAUAUUGGCUGCUUCCAGAAAUAAAUAUGUAUGACUAUCAGCAGCCGGUAGAACUUCAGCAUUACUCGCCGCCAACUGAAGUGUCAGAAUCUACCGAAAAUGGAAAGCUGCAGUUUGAACUUCCUGAAAACGAGGAACAAACAGAAUGUCUCAAAUAUGACUCUACAGCUCAUAAUUCUGCAAAUCCAUUAGAACCAAAGUCACAUCUUUCAUCAGAAACGCGUCAUCAGCAACUUAAAGUUUCUGAGUUUCAAGUAAAAGACUCUGAUCAAAUUCAAAACUACGAAAAUCACUUAGAGCAGAGCAGCUGUGCAGAAUGUAAUUCAGAGAAAGACUUAAAAGACGACAAAGACGAAAAAGUGUCUGAAAAUAUAAGUACAAACACCACAAGUGAAGAAACUUCUUGUGAACUAGAUGCUACAAAACAAUUUCCUAUUAAGAACGUGCCAGAAACUCCAUUGUCUCCAGCACAAAUCACAUCGAUCGUAAACGGCGGUUAUCCACUACGACCGUUAUAUAGAGCGUUUCUGGAGCUGGAAGAAAAUUCGUUAGUAUGUGAUGUAAUAUAUGAAGAGGACGAGUUUAACUAUGAAGACGAUCUAUCGGAAACAUCUGAUGAUCUGUCUUAUAGCACGGAAUCAGAUACGAUGUCAAUUGAAGAUGAAGUUCCUGAUACCAUAAACGGAAACAAAGUAUCUGACGAUUGUACUAUGUAUGAAAAUAUUAUAAUAGUUCGAGAUCAUUUGCCGGUUCACCAAACAUGUGAAUUAGUAUUUAUCAGCCCAACAUCGUCUUCCGUUGAUGUCGAAUCAGACAAAUCUGAUUUAACAACAGAAAUGUACGAAAUUUGUGACGAAUUACCUGCGGAAAAUGACAAAAACCUUGCAGACGAAUUAUCUUCGAUGGAUAAUUCUAGAAAAAUAAUUGAAGAAAAUUUAAUUAAAGAAUUAUCUGAUACAAGUCAAGAAAUAACAGAAAAUGAAUUGGAAUCAGAUAUCAUAUCAAUUGAAAACGGAAUUUCUCAUAACAUAAACAGAAACGACGUAUUUGACAACUGUAAUGUGAAAGAAAUUAUAAUAAUGGAUCAAUAUCAUUUGUCUGUUUAUGAAAAAUGUGAAUUAGAGUCGACUCCUGUUCAUGUGAAAUCAUUAGAAUUAAAUUCAACAAACAAAAUGGAUGAAAUUUUUGACGAAUUACAUGCGUCCGAUUGCGAAAACAUUGUAGAUGAAUUUUCUUCGUUCAAAAAUCCCAGCAAAGUACUUGAAGAAAACUUCAUUACAAAAUUACCUAAUACAAAUGAAGACAUAAUAGAAAAUGAAUUCUUACCAAUUCAGUUUAAUGAAAGCGAAUUUUCAUUAAAUAUGAAAGUUUCAAAAAUUAAUGAAAAUGUUGCAAAUGAUGCAGUCGGAUCAGAAGAGUUUAAUAAAGAAAACAAUAAGAAAAACGAAAAGGACAAAUUCCAAAUAGUAAAUGAAUUUCCUGAUUUGGAAAAAAUCAAUUAUGGUGGCUCUCGAUGUUUAGUGGAAGAAGAAUCCAAGCCACAAACAGGAAAAAAAAAGGAGACAAGAUGCAUGGACGUCUUCAGAUACGUUCUUCGCAGGCUUGGAAAUUUACUUCUCCCUUGCCUGAGAACAAAAGAUUAAUGACUUCUUCAAUGAAAGCUGCACGUGAAUUAAAAAAUGAGUAUAAUUUGCCGUGCUGUAAUCACUAUACUUGAUAAAAAAAUAUCGUGAUUAUAUUUUUAAUUUGAUCUUUUUAAAAUUCUAUUUGAUUAUUGUAAAUAGUAAUUAG